GCAGAUAUCUGGUCAUUAGGCAUAACAGCCAUAGAACUUGCAAAAGGAGAGCCACCUCAUUCAGAAUUACAUCCCAUGAAGGUUUUGUUCCUCAUUCCUAAGAACAAUCCACCAACGCUGGAAGGAAACUUCAGUAAAUCCCUCAAAGAAUUUGUUGAGGCCUGCCUAAACAAGGACCCAGGCUUUAGACCUACUGCAAAAGAGCUCUUAAAGCACAAAUUCAUUUUACGAAACUCAAAGAAAACUUCCUACCUGACUGACCUUAUUGAUAGGCACAAGAGAUGGAAGUCGGAACAAAGUCACGAUGACUCCAGUUCUGAUGACUCAGAUACGGAACCAGAUGGCCAGGCUUCAGGUGGGAGUGAUUCAGAAGAGUGGAUCUUUACAAUAAGAGAAAAAGACCCCAAGAAUCUAGAGAAUGGAGCAGCCCAGCCUUUGGAGUUGCAAAGAAAUAAGGAAAAGGAUAUCCCAAAGAGGCCUCUAUCUCAAUGCCUGUCUACAGUUAUAUCCCCGUUGUUUGCAGAGUUGAAGGAGAAGAGUGAAGUGUGUGGUGGUAACACAGAUUCCAUAGAAGAACUGAGAAAGGCGAUUUAUUUAGCGGAAGAGGCUUGUCCCGGCAUUGCGGACAACAUGGUGUCACACCUGGUGCAGAGGCUUCAGAGAUACUCACUAGCUGGAGGAAGUACUUCAUCCUACUGAUGUAUUGCUCCUGACUUUUCUAAGACGAGAGAGAUCCCACGGUGUCUGCAUUGAAGGCGCCCACCCUAAUGUUGUUCUGCCCCUCAGUCACGGAUAUGUCCUCUGGUGGAAGGACUUUCCUAAACGUGCAAGAGUGAAAAUGAAGUCUCUCGGAUGGAGGCAGUCUUUUUCAGCUCCUUAAAGCUAUAAUUUUUUUUUAAAUGAUAAUGCACAUAUUCCAGGGAGGUGUCUUUUUGUAAAUUCUGAAAUGUAUAUUUAGGUUUGUGAUAGAGAAAUUGAAGAUAUUGAGAAACCUCAGGUAUCCUGCUUUAAGAAUUCCACUGGGAGAUGGAGUCCGUUUGUUGGGAUUGUGUACAGCUCUGUAUAUAACGUCUUUUUUAACUGAAAGCCUUUCAACGUGCAUAAGGAAUCACUGUGUACAAAAUGGUAAAGUGCUUCUGUAGAUAAUGUUAGUGGGGUAAAUAUUUGACAGGCCAUAACUGAGUAUUGCCUUGCCUUUAUUCCAUGUACAUUUUGAAUUAUGUGAUAAGUGGAUCU